UUUUUUCAAUUAAUUUUUUUGAAAAAGUAUUUCAAAAUAAAAAUUUCCAAAGAGAAUGUAAAGAUCAAAUUACUCAAUUUAAAUAAUUCAUAAUUGAAAAAGAAAUUUGUUUUUAAUUUUUCAUAAAUUAUAUAAAGAUUAAUUAACUGAUAUACCAGAUGAUCGAAAAUCCUCAAAAAAUGAUAAAAAAAAUCAAAAAGGACCAAGACGGUGUUAAAGAAUGUUUACGAUCAGAUGAAGGCACUCGAUUUCAAUUAUUAAUUGCUAAAUUAAGAAAUACUAACAGAAACAGUUACUGGAAUCAGGAAAUGAACAAAACUCAAUAUCGAGUGUCCAAUCUUCCGGUUGGAAUUGAUCCUAAUGAAACUACAUUUGGAAAAUCUUAUCAAUUUGAUGGCGGUUUUGCGGAAAUUAUGAAAUCAAUGAUUACUGAUAUUAAUGAGGAUCCUAAAAAAGGAUUAAAAAUGGACAAAAUCGAAAGACAUGAGUGUUCAUUUGAUAAAUUACAACGAUUUGGAAAAAAAAGUGAUGGUAAUUGGGAAGGAUUACGAGCAAAAAAAUUAUUGCAAUGGAUUAAUCCGGAUCCAGUAACGAAAGUCAUUUGCCUUCAAGCAGAUUUUUAUAAAAGUUUACAGCCUCGAAUUGGCAAAGUCAAAAAUCAUGAUAGAAAUCUAAAAACCGAACAUUUACCAAUUAACUUCACUUUUGGAAAACAAACAAAUCCAAAUCGUUUAGAGGUUUCCGAAACUUUAAAGCAAUCAUUAUCGAUAAAUCAAAAAUUGAAAAACCUAUCAAAAUGUUUUCGAAAUAUAAACAAAAUUAGAAUUAUUUUGAAAAGACGAAACGAAAUUUCCUUCACAAAAAUUGAAGAAGAAUUACAAAAAUUUGAUAAAGACGGUGCAAAAAUAGUGAAUAUUAAAAUACUAUUUGAUGUGUUAAAAAAAUUUCGAAUAUUUCCAGAGAAGGAAUUAUUUUGUGAAUUAUUAAAAAUUUUAAAAUAUCUCCAUGAAGAUAACGUUAAUUACCCUGAAGCUAUUAAUUUAUUUAAUUGGAAUUGUAACUUUCCGGAAAUUCCCAAAUUAGAAGAAGAAGAUUUAAAUAAUUAUUUAACAACUUAUAAUAAAACAAUUGGAAAUUUUCCUGAAAAAAAUUUACAAAGUACAGUAAAAUGGAACCAAAAUAAUAGUUUAAAAUAUAAUCAAUUAAUCACAACGGCAGAAAUAAUACCAACUAUAUUUACAAAUUUUGGUCUAACUCACGAGGAUUUAGUAAAACCACAAUCAAAGGAGACAAUUCAAUCGAUAAUAAAAAAAUUAAAAGAUUUUCCAGAAGAAAAGUUUGAUUCAAUUUUGAAAGAGGGUCUUAAAAUAGACAAAACUGGAGGCGUUUGUAUAUUGACUUUUAAAAGUCUUCUUGAAAAACUUUUAACAAAAAUGAAUGAAACAACAACUAACAGAGAAAUAAAAUGAAAAAUUUGUUCCUGGAUAAAAGAAUAUGAUUUUCGAUAUUUAGAAAUUAAAAUCUGAUUGUAAUUCAUAUACGAUUCAUUUCUAAAUUAUUAAUAUAAUAAAUGAAGAGUCUUGAAUAAGAACGAAUUUCUACAUGAAGAGAGCACUUUUAUUAACAGUUUAAUAAUAAUAUGAAGAUAAACGUUUAGUUUCUCCCAACACUUUUUCGAAAAUUAAAAAAAAACGUCUGAAGUUAAGGCGAAGAUAAAUGUAUCAGUUAUCGUCACUUUCCUUUAGUGUUAAUUUUAUUAAAAUUAAGAGAAAGUUUUUUAAACAAAUUGAAUUCGGCUUUUUUUUAAUUAUAGUUCAAAUAUUAUGUUACAAUGAUUAAACAAUUUUUUUUAACUUCUCUAGGUGACGGAUCACAAAUACAUUUAUCUUAUAGAGUAUUUAAAAAAAAAUCAACAACAAUUAAGCGUCUCAUAAUUAUAAAGCAUUUCUCAUAAACCACUCGAAAUCAUCAUGAAUAUAAAAUUGACCAAUAAAUCGAUUGACAUAAAUCGAUAUUCAUAAUUCGUAAUAAAAUAAAAUAAAAUUCGAUGCAAUCAGUACUAUUCGAUUCGUGAGAAUGAAAAUUAAAAAUAUAGUCAACAAUUAUAUUAAAACAAUAUUGAAUUAAUUUUCAUAAAAAUUCCCUCAAACUCGAAUCACUGGGUGCAAAACUUUGUAUACAUUAAUAAUAUUCUCUCGAAAUAUUUUCUUAAAAUACAUAUUCUGUUAAAUAGACGUGUAAAUAAUAAAUUGUCAAAAAAAAAUUGACAAGGCAGUGAGUGGGAUUAUUAAUUAUUAUAAAAUUCAGUCAAGCCUCUAUUAAAAGAAAAAAAAACCAAACUAUUCACAACAUUCUCUUUUUUUGAAAAAGAGAAUUAUACAAAACGAAAAGAGUACACUCACAAAAUUAAAUAUAAUACUAAAAAUCACACAUUUCGUUUUUAUUUUUUUUAGUAGAAAAAAUAUUUCAUUUAUUUUACAAGAGAUAACCCUUAUUCAAAGCACUUAAUUCUGAACUAUAUCAGCAAAAAAAUUAUACAGAUAAUUUAGAUUAUAUAUUAUAUUAUAUAUAUAUAAAAAUUAUAUUAUUAUACAAUUUUCGUGCUUUGAAAGUAGGUGGUCCCUUAAAACGAAAACUUUAAUAUUUUUAUUUAAUUCGAAAUCAUUUUAAUUUAAAUAGAAAACAAUUUCAAUUUGAAACAAUUUCAAAUUAAAUAAAGAAUUUCAUCUUAAAAUGAAUAAGAAAUUUUUUUUAAUUUCUUCUAUUCAAGAAGAAGAGAAGAAUAAACGAUACUUCAAAUUUACUUUUAUCAUUUUUUUUUCUUAUUUCUAGAUUCAUUCAUGCACACUUUCGUAAAGUUAAACAAUUAACUUUGAAGAAGAAUUUAGACAAAUAUAUAUAAUAUAUAAAAUAUUAUCGAAAAUCACAUCAAUUUCUUCGAUAUUUUUUUAUUAUUAUUGUUAUUAUAUUUAUUAAUUAAUAAUUAAUAAUAAUGAUUAUAGUCAUGAAAAUUGAGUUUAAAACUCGAAACUUUAUUAAUCGAAGAUGAAUUUAUCGAUUUCUCACAUUCAGAAAUUAAGAAAAAUACAGAAUUACUUAAUAGAAAAAAUCGAUAAAUCCAUCUUCGAUAUUGUAUUAUUAUUAUUAUUAUUAUUAUUAUUAUUAGUAUUAAUCAUUAUUAGGGAUAAUAAUGAUUAAUUGUUAUUAAUGAAUGUUAAAAUUGAGUUGACAACUUGGAACUUUUAUUUAUCGAAAAUGAAUUUUUCAAUUUCUCCCAUUCAGUUUAAAAAAUAAAAUAAAAUUUAGUAAUCUUUUACUACAUUAACUGACUUGAAGAAUUCAAUAAAUCCAUCUUUGAUAUUUGAAUAUUAUUAUGAGUAUUAAUUAUUAUUAAUAAUAAUUAAUUAGAAUUAAUGAACAUAAUGAUCGGUUGAAGAUAAUAUUUCUCAUCAAACAACGCGAAGAAUAUUAAAUUUUUAUUAAUUAAAGUUAAAUUGUUAAGAAAAAAAAAACCCGUCACAAAAUUGAUGAUCCUGCCAGGAUACGUGUUUGAGUUUUUUUUUCUUUUUUAAGGAAAUUAUGCAAAUUUUAUAUAACCCUAUCAGAUUACAUACCGAAAGUAAAGUAAAGUAAAAUUUUAAGUAAGGAGAAUGAGGCUUAAAUCUGAAAUUAGAUUUAGACACAGAAUGUUAUAAUUAAUAAUUACUUUCAUACAAUAGUGAAAAAACUUCUAAUCAAAAAUAUUAAUUUGCUCUUUAUUUUCAAUACUUAUUCCUUUUAAAUUUCGAUUUUAAAAAGAGCCAAAAAUAUUUUUCUUAAAUUUAUAUAUAUAUAUAUUUUUUUUUUGUUUGUCUAAUUCCUUCUUCAAUUGUAAGCACGAAAAUGCAUUAAACGCGAUUUUAUAUAAUUUAAAAAAAAUCACUCAGCGUCACUUAAGCAAAUAUUGCAUCUAAAAUAUCUUAAUAUUUUGUUUUUACUUAUACAUAUAUAUUUUAUAUAUUAAAACAAACUUUCGAGCAAUGGAAAAACUACACUAUCAAUUUCUUUGGAUCAUCAUUAUGAAAAUUGUAUUAAUCUUUUGAUAUUAAUAAACUUUAAAUUGAUAAUUACUUAAGAGCAAUUCAUUUUUCAUUAUUAUUUUAAUCAAGUACAAAUUAACAUCAGCCAUUAAUCAAAAAUAAAAUUUACAUCAUUACAAGAAAAAUUCUUAUAAUUAAAUUAAUUUUAAUUAUCUUUUUUUAAAUUUUCAAUUAUCCAAGUUUGAGAAGGAAAACUACAUUACAAAAAAAAAAAAACAUUUUAAUUAACAAAUUUUUUUUAUUCACAAGUGAAAAAUGAAUUGCUACUACUUUUUUUCCAUUUAAGAAGUUAAUAUAAUAAUAAUUUGUUCAAUGCGAUGAAUUGACAUUCAUUCUGUUAUAAUUUAAUAAAUUUCACAAAAGUCAGAUCAAUAUAAAAGAAAUCUAGUGCAAAUUGAUCUGGUUUUUUUCAGUGGCACUAAAAUUUCCAUUUUUUUUUUUUUUUCAAAAAU